ACGGGCCGGACGGGCCUGAUGCAAGCGCGGCCUGGUCACUGGCCUCUCGGCUAGCCGGCUGCUUUUUGGGGCGGGAUACAUAUAGACAACUGUAGAAGAACUGUAAUUGUGAUGCUUUAUGUUUGAACAAUGGCAAUGAAUGACAGCGUUAAUAUCUUGAACUCUGCUUAUCUGGCGGUGGAAUAUAUAGACUCCUUCUUGCCUGACAAUCCCUUGCAACAACCAUUUAAAAAUGCCUGGAAUUACAUGCUGGAUAACUACACAAAGUUCCAGAUUGCAACUUGGGGAUCACUUAUAGUUCAUGAAGUUUCAUACUUCUUGCUCUGUGUACCUGGAUUUGUCUUUCAGUUUAUACCAUACAUGCAAAAGUAUAAAAUUCAGCAGGAUAAACCAGAAACAUGGGAAAAACAGUGGAAGUGUUUCAAAACACUCCUCUUCAAUCACUUUUUUAUUCAGCUUCCUCUGAUUUGUGGCACCUAUUACUUCACAGAGUACUUUAACAUCCCGUAUGAGUGGGAAGAGAUGCCUAGAUGGUAUGUUCUGGUUGCCCAGUGUUUUGGAUGUGCAGUGAUUGAGGAUGCCUGGCACUAUUUCCUGCACAGAUUGCUGCAUCACAAGAGAAUAUACAAGUAUAUUCAUAAGGUUCACCAUGAGUUUGUUUCUCCAUUUGGAAUGCAAGCUGAAUAUGCGCAUCCUCUGGAAACACUUAUCCUUGGAACUGGCUUUUUUAUUGGAAUUGUUGUUUUCUGUAACCAUGUGAUUCUUCUGUGGGCAUGGGUGAUAUGUCGCUUGAUGGAAACCAUUGACGUACACAGUGGCUAUGAUGUUCCGCUGAACCCUCUUCACUUGGUGCCAUUCUAUGCUGGGGCCCGUUUUCAUGAUUUCCAUCACAUGAACUUUAUCGGCAAUUACGCGUCAACCUUCACGUGGUGGGACAGAAUCUUUGGUACAGAUUCUCAAUUCAUUGCCUAUAAAGAAAAAGAGAAGAAACAACAACUUGUAACGAAGAAGAAGGCUAACUAAAUUUCCAGCAUAAAAAUUCUGAUGCUAAUACUGGUAGUCAACUUUUGCUUUUCUGUAAAGCAAAAUAGCGAUUGGGUGUUAAGCAUAAAUCUUGUUCCUUGGCUACUAAGUGGUAGGGAAAAAUGGCUAAUUACACUGCAGUAUGUCCCUAAUGGGAAUGCUUUCUAUUUUAUACGUAAGUACUGCAUAUAUUUUAACUACAGAUUUAAAGAUGAUGCAAAAAAACCUGAGAUGACCUGUGUCUAUCCAUUUUUUUUGGGGAAAAAAAAAUCAAUUUUAUCUUUAAUGUUGCCCACUUUGGAUCCAGGUAGACUUAUAUAUGUACACUGAAAUUGGACUUACUUUUUUAAAAUAUAUAUUCUUAAAUUUGUAAUAUCAAAUAGCAGAACAUAUUAACUGGUAUCAGCACUGUAUUAUUUAAAUAUUGGGUAAAAGUUGCUUAAAACCAAAACAUCUGUUAGUGGGAAGCUUGGACAGGCCAUUUGCACACUGGAUAAUGCAAACUGUUAAUAACAGAACACCGCAGAGACAUUCCUGAUCUAGAUUUAUUAUGUUAUUUCAGAUUACAGGUAAAAAAGAAUAUACAUUCUUAUUUGAAGAAACUGGUUUUUGCUGCUCUUUUG